AGAGUGAGGGCGCUGUUGCCCGGCAGCACGCAGACGAGCCUGAACUCAGGCGGCGCGCGGGACAGUCCAGCUCCCCGCAGCUGAUUCCCUGCGAUGCCCAGUUCUCUAGGAGACGGCGGCGGCGGCAGCGCGCGGAGGGGACAGUGCUGGGCGGAAGGAGUCGAGCCCGAGGCACUUCCGGUUCCGGUGUCAGGGGGAGGCGCCGCCGCCGCCGCAGCUGCCAGAGCCGCGAUGCCUAAAGGAGGGAGAAAAGGAGGCCACAAAGGCCGGGCACGGCAAUACACAAGCCCCGAGGAGAUUGACGCACAGCUCCAAGCUGAAAAGCAGAAGGCCAGGGAAGAAGAGGAACAAGGAGAAGAAGAUGGAGAUGGGGCUGCAGGUGACCCCAAAAAGGAGAAGAAAUCACUAGACUCAGAUGAGAGUGAGGAUGAAGAAGAUGAUUAUCAGCAAAAGCGCAAAGGUGUGGAAGGCCUUAUCGACAUCGAGAACCCCAACCGAGUGGCACAGACAACCAAAAAAGUCACACAACUGGACUUGGAUGGGCCCAAGGAGCUUUCAAGGAGAGAACGAGAAGAAAUUGAGAAGCAGAAAGCAAAAGAACGUUACAUGAAAAUGCAUUUAGCUGGGAAAACAGAGCAAGCCAAAGCAGACCUUGCCCGGCUGGCAAUUAUCCGAAAACAGCGGGAAGAAGCUGCCAAGAAGAAAGAAGAAGAAAAGAAAGCAAAAGAUGAUGCAACUUUGUCAGGAAAACGAAUGCAGUCGCUCUCCCUGAAUAAGUAACAAGGCCUGAGAGAGGAGAUACCA